AACGUUAUUACUUAAUACAAAUAUAGUGUGGCAGCAUGGUCUAUAAUCAUGACUCAUUUUAGCAUCUCGGCACUCAGUUUUUUGGAUAUGCUACACUAUUCGUUUCUCGGCAAUUUUAAUUCUGCCGAUAUCCAAAACCGAACAGAUAGCCAACUACAGCGCUAAUCACAGUAACCUUUUCUGGAAAUAGGAACAACGCGCAUGAGUGUUUGCGGUGCAUUGUAGGCGUUGUAGUUCACUGUCUGGUGAGGGUUUGGUAAUGUUACAUAAACAACGGGCAGUAAAACCACAAGGUCCAGAAGUUACUGCGCUACCAGCUUCUACCACGGGUUUGUCAUGAAGUUGGGUUGAUGCAAGAUUGUAAUAAAUUAAGAUACUACACAGUGGCAAAUGAGAAUGUCUGACCCUAUAACGUUAAAUGUAGGAGGAAAGCUAUACACCAGUUCUCUAGCAACAUUAACACGUUAUCCAGACUCGAUGCUGGGUAUCAUGUUCAGUGGGAAAAUGCCCUCAACUAGUGAUCAGCAUGGUAACUUCUUCAUUGACAGAGACGGGAAAAUAUUUCGAUACAUUCUAAAUUUUCUGCGCACAUCAAAUCUCGACCUUCCAGAUGAUUUUCAAGAAGUGGGGCUGUUGAAAAGAGAAGCUGAUUUUUACCAGAUCCAACCUUUGAUACAUGCUUUGCAAGAAAGAGAAUCUGAAAAUGCCAAAGCAGAAAGAAAUGCAAUGCUCAACAUUACUCUUGAUCAGAGACUGCAGACUGUUUAUUUUACAGUUAAACCAGCCCCACAAAUGUACAAUCUAACCUCGUGUAGCACAGACGUCUUUGAUGCAAAUAUAUUUUGCACGUCAGCUGAAUUCUUGAAACAUUUGAGCUCCAAGUUUUGUUACUUUGUGAAUGGUAAACUUUUACCAAUUGGCUAUGAGAAAAAAGAUCCAUACCAUUUGACACUACAAUGGGUUGGACAUGUGGCUGUACUGCCUGAAGAUGAAUAUACAAGACAAAACUUAAAAAGAUUAUGGAUUGCACCUACAAAUGAGCAAGUUAACAAUUUUCAGUUAUUUGUAGAGGAAGUGUUAAAAACAGCAAUGAGUGAUGGAUUCCAUGUGGAUUCAUUACAGCCAGAUUCCUCUGAUUUUAUGAAUUAUAAGGUACUACGUUUAGUCCGGUAUAAAUAAAACGUGUCAUUUAAACUAUUAAUUAUUACAUGUUUCUUACUGUGUAACAGUAUAAGCCUUAAGCUUCUCCUAUUCCCCCUACCCAAACUGUAUGGCACUUUAGGUUCAGGAUUGCUGCAUUUAUCUAUAUUGUGUUUAUUGCUUAAAACAAUGAAAGUCUAACAAUAUAAAAUGUGUGCCAGUAGUUUAUUUAAUCAUAACGCUGGCAAACUCUGCCACUAGUUCAAAUUAUUUAGUUGUGCCCUGACAUUUGCAAUUAUUGUAUGACUAUGUAGAUACUGGUUUGCACUGGAUUUUUAGCUUUCACAUUUUUCAGCAGAAGUAUAUACUACGAAAAAUGCUUCUUAUGCUGUCCAAAUUUAAUGUUCCAUUUUUGGAAAAUUAUCUUUGAUAAUUCAAUAUCAGAUAUUUUAUUGGACAUUAAGUAAUACUGUAUAUAUCAGUUAAAGUACACAAACCAAACCUUAAAGGAUUUGUUUAACAAUGGAAAAUGAUACAAUGUUUUGUAUCAAGUCUUACAGAAUCAUAAAAAUUUACAGUACAGAAGGAAGCCAUUUGCCCCAUUAUGUCUGUAUCGGCUCCCAAAAAACUUACCUAGCUCAUCCCAUUCUCCAGUACUCUAAAUUCAUACUUCCAAACAUAUAUCUAGUUCUCUUUUGAAGCAUUCUUUGGAAUCCGUCUCUGCCACUCUGCCAGGCAGUGCAUUCCAAAUCCUAACAAAUCUAAGAGAAGACCAUCUUAGUGAUGAAAUAAAACAAACAAGAAAAUCUAAAACCUCUUCAAACUGAUCAAGUUAAUGUAAAAUAAUUUUAUUGGGGAUGCAGUUGAUUUUGGGCACAAUGUCUGCAUUUACAACAUGGCUUGUAGACAACAAAUGUCUGUUUUGAAGCUGUAAAUUUCUCAUCGUACCUGUUAUUCAUUUCUGUGGGUAUCUUGGUCAUCGAUAUUUUGCUGUUUCAUUCUGUAUUUUAAUACAUUUACCCACUGGCAUUUAAUUUUAAAACAAAGCAAAUGGGCCCAAAUAUUUUAUUCUGCCUUUCAGCUCUGUAUUAUACUUAUCCUGAAAAUUUGCAUAGAUAUGAUUAAA